GCUGCUCCGUCCACGUCCACUAAAGUUCCUCUUCCACUCCCCCAGCUCAUUCUCGUACGACCACUGUCAAUCAGACCAAUUGUCGUCCUGAUCAUCAUCCCCAUCACCCAUUCUUACCUGUGACCCGCCUACUUUCAAUUUCCGUAUCUUAUCACUAUCACCCCUCAUCGUACCAUCACCAUGGCUGCCCCCGCAGACAGCAACCUCAAGACCCUCAAUGGAGAGUGGACAAUGGACAAAACUCUCUCCAACCCUUCAGAGCCCAUUCUCGAGCUGCAAGGAAUGAGCUGGCUUAUGCGUAAAGCUCUCGGCGUCGCAACAGUCACUCUCUCCAUCAAUGAGUAUCCCGAUGCCGCAGAUCCGUCUGUAUGGCACAUCGACAUCGACCAGACGGUCACUGGUGGCAUCAAAGGUACAACCGAGAGACGUAUCAGUGACAACAAGGUUCGAGAGCACGACGACCACAUCUUUGGCCAUCUCAAAGGUCAGUCGCGGUUCUUCCGGGGAUCUAAAGGCGAGGACGGAAAGGUGCGUCCUUAUACAGAAUUCGAGACCAAGAUCGACGAACCCCUGGUCUACAAAUUCCUUAGAGGGGAGAUUCUAGCCGACGGAAGUGCAUCCGAGGGCUUUGUUGUUGAGGAAAUCGGUGAAGAGUUUGGCGAGGGAGAGGGGCUCUGGUAUCUCAGCUUUGUGGAGAACCUGGACAGCGGCUGGACUGCCGAACAGGUUUGGGGUUUCGAGAUCAUUGACGGCAAGCGCUAUUACACUCGCCGUGUUGCUGUCGUCAAGGGCGAAACCUACAAGCUGGCCCGGCUGGUCUACAGCUUCGUAAAGCCACGGACUGAGUAGAGGCAUCCUACGUGAGAUGCUCUUGCUCGGAAGCUGUCAUACCUUAUUAAUAGAAUGCAUGGCAGACAGGGUAGUGACUGCCCUAACACUAACCCCCUGGAGGCGGGGCUCUAUUGCAAGCUGUGACUGCAGAUAUGCUGUCUGCACUAGUUCUGACUAGGGAUGCCCCACACAAUAAAAUAUCAUUAUGUU